CUUUCCUUGCCUGACAGAGGCGGAGGUUGGCUUCGCUCCUGCCGAAGCUGAGCUCUCCGCCGCCAUGGAGGCGCUGGAGGUGAUCUGGGGCUUGCUGCGCCUCUUGCUGGCCGUGUCCCUCCUGGCGUUUGGCCUCUACUGCUGCUACCUAAAGUCUAUCCAUAUGAAAUACGAUUACAUCCCCAGCGCCCCGAGGGCGAGCUUUUUCUUGGGCCACCUGCCAAUGCUAUGGGGAAUGCUGAAAAAUAAUGAAUGUGCUCAUCAGCUCUUCUUGCAAUGGGCUAAUGAAUAUGGACCCAUCUUGCGUUUUAAUGCCUUUCACAGAGUCGUAGUAUUGGUAUUAAGUCCUGAAGGAGUAAAGGAGUUCCUGAUGUUACCACAAUACCCAAAGGAUCCAGUUUCAUAUGGACGUCUUUUUAAUUUAUGCGGUGUACGAUUUUUAGGGAACGGCUUGGUGACUGAUCGUGAUUAUGACCACUGGCACAAGCAGCGGAAAAUUAUGGACCCGGCCUUCAGUCGCAAUUACCUGAUGGGCUUGAUGGGGCCCUUUAACGAGCAAACAGAAGAGCUUAUGAGGGUGCUGGAUGAAAAAGCCGAUGGAGAAACUGCGGUGGAUGUGAUGAGCCUGCUGAAACGCGUGACGCUGGACGUCAUUGCAAAGGUAGCCUUUGGCCUUGAACUGAACACCCUGCAUGAUGAGAGCACGCCUUUUCCGCAUGCGAUGUCCACGAUCAUGAAAGGACUGGGUCAGUCACGCAAUCCAUCAUUUAAGUAUCUGCCAAAGUACAGGAAAGAAGUGAAAGAGGUUCAGGAGAGCUUGCUGCUGCUGCGCCGUUUUGGCAGCCAGUGUAUCGAACAGAGACGCAAAGCCAUCCAGAAUGGGGAGGAGAUCCCAUUGGAUAUUCUGACUCAGAUACUGAAGAGUGCAGCUGAGGAAGGGGACUGCGAUGCUGAAAUUCUCCUGGACAAUUUCGUCACUUUCUUCAUUGCAGGUCACGAGACCACUGCCAACUUGUUGUCUUUUACCAUAUUGGAACUGGGACGGCAACCUGACAUAUUGAAGAAACUUCAGGCUGAAGUGGACGAGGUCAUUGGGGUGAAGAGAGAUGUUGCCUAUGAAAAUCUCGCAGAGCUUAAAUACUUAUCACAGGUUCUCAAAGAAUCCCUGCGGUUAUAUCCACCAGCUCCAGGAACUGUCCGCUGGACCGAAAAAGAAUGUGUCAUUGAAGGAAUCAAAAUUCCUGCAGAAACCACUUUAAUGGUGAGUCUUGUUUGA